AACUUUAUGGAAUUUUAUCACUUUUCUAUUUCUGAAGAGGGAAGCUCACUGAUCCUUCUGAAUAUCCUAAAAACUACUUUUUCUCUCUCUGUUUAUUUUCUUCUGCCGAAUCACUUAUUUCCAUUCCCAUGGCGGACGAGGCAGCACCAAGCGAAGUAACUGGUUCAAUUCGUCGUGUCCUGCUCAUAUCUGCUGGUGCUAGUCACUCCGUCGCACUUCUCUCUGGCGAUGUUGUUUGCUCUUGGGGAAGAGGAGAGGAUGGACAACUAGGCCAUGGGGAUGCUGAAGAUAGACUUACUCCUACGCACUUAAGUGCAUUGGAUGGCCUUGAAAUUUCAUCCGUUACUUGUGGUGCUGAUCAUACGACUGCUUAUUCUGAGAGACAUAUGGAAGUUUAUAGUUGGGGAUGGGGUGACUUUGGAAGGUUAGGUCAUGGUAAUUCUAGUGACUUGUUCACUCCUCAGCCCAUAAAAGCAUUGCAUGGUAUGAGGAUAACACAAAUUGCUUGUGGGGACAGCCACUGUUUGGCAGUCACUAUGGAAGGGGAGGUACAAAGUUGGGGUCGAAACCAAAAUGGUCAGCUUGGUCUUGGGACCACUGAGGACUCUCUUGUUCCACAGAAAAUUCAAGCGUUUAAGGGAAUUUCUAUCAAAAUGGUGGCGGCUGGUGCUGAACAUACUGCAGCUAUUACAGAAGAUGGGUCACUGUAUGGAUGGGGAUGGGGCCGCUAUGGAAACUUGGGCUUAGGGGACAGAAAUGACCGUUUGGUUCCUGAGAAAGUUUCAACUGUUGAUGAUGAGAAGAUGAUCAUGGUUGCUUGUGGUUGGCGACAUACAAUAUCUGUUUCCUCUUCUGGUUGUUUAUAUACCUACGGAUGGAGCAAAUAUGGUCAACUAGGUCAUGGUGAUUUUGAGGAUCACCUUGCUCCUCGCAAGCUAGAAGCAUUGAGUGGCAGUGUUGUUUCUCAGAUAUCAGGUGGUUGGAGACAUACAAUGGCGCUAACAUCUGAUGGAAAACUUUAUGGUUGGGGUUGGAAUAAGUUUGGACAGGUUGGAGCUGGCGAUAUUGAGGAUCACUGCUCCCCCGUGCAAGUUAAAUUUCCCCAUGAGCAGAAAGUAGUAAAGAUCUCCUGUGGAUGGAGACACACACUUGCUGUCACUGAAAGACAGAAUGUCUUUUCGUGGGGAAGAGGCACAAAUGGGCAGCUUGGGCACGGUGAAUCUGUUGAUAGGAAUACUCCAAAGAUGGUAGAGGCUCUUAGUGUCGAUGGAUAUAGUGGACAGCAGAUAGAAUCGUCAAAAGUUGAUCCAUCAUCAGGGAAAAUCUGGGUCUCACCUUCAGAAAGAUAUGCAGUUGUUCCAGAUGAGAAAGGCCAAGGACAAACGUCUGCUUCAACCGGUGGGAAAGGAAAUGAUUUAAGUGUCCCUGAAAAUGAUGUCAAAAGGGUACGAAUUUGAGGUACAUACACAAAUUUGUGAAUUACCACGGCUGCUCUAGCUUUCAGUCAUAAUAAACCACCCAAUGCUACUGAUAUGUUCGCUGGCACCGUCCGUCUGAGUGUGUAAAUUCAUAUUUAUAUGGUAAAAGCACCGUCCUCUUUUACUUAUUCGUGUUGUUCUACUAUAAGUAAACACAGAACAUGUAACUUAACUUUUUUAUUAAUGUUGGUACUGAAUUUUGAUUGAUGGUGACUUUGCAAAAAUGUAAACUUGACUUGUUAAAAAACUUUCUUAGGUCC